AUGGGGAAGAAAAAGGGCGGUAGCAGACGUGACGACGACGAUCCGUUUGCGGAUCUCGGCGAAGACGUCACUCAGAAUAAUCUGCAGCCUGAGGAACCUGAGAAAAAGGCGCAGGAAUCUGUUCCAAACGAUGCGUCGAACGAGUCCAAGGGCUCUGGAGCGCCAGAGAAGCAAGAACACGAUGCCACGCCAGCAUCGGCAGGAGCCGACGCCGGUGGUGGUGGUGGUGGUGGUGGUGGUGAUGCCAUGCAGUCUGAGCCAGAGCCACCGCGCCUUUUGACCAAGAAAGAAAAGGAACGUUUGAAGAAAGAGCGUGAGAAAGAAAAGAAAAAGGCGCAGGCUGCGCAGAAGAAAGCGUCUCAGCAAAAGGACACACAGGAAGCACCAUCAGAUAAGGGCACCAAUGCCCCAGGUUCAGCAACGCAACCAAAUGCUAGUGAGCCUACCGAUGGUUCAGCAUCUGCACAGGCAGAUGCAAAAAUUUCGGGUGACGAUAAGGGUGGAGAUGCUGACGCCGCCGCCGGUAAAGACGACGACGAUGACGAUGAAGGAGCUGAGGCGCCUAGCUCAGCUGCCGAUAAGAAGAAGAAAAAGAAGAAAAAGAAAGCUGCGCCAGAGCCUGCUGCUGCUCCGCCCAAGAAGGCGCCAAAUGCAGCCAUUGCCGCUCUGCAGGCUCGUAUCGCUGCGCAGAAAAAGGCUGAAGAACAAGCGCGUGCCGAAGAGGAAGAACGUCGUCGGCUCAUUGAAGAGGAAGAACGAAAGGAGCGUGAAGAAGAAGAACGCAAGGAAGCUGAGCGGCUCCGUCGUAAGGAGAAAGAAAAAGCUAAGCGAGAACAGCUGCGUAAAGAAGGCAAGCUGCUUACGCCGAAGCAGAAAGCGGAGCUCAAGCAGGCCGAAGCACGAAAGGCCGCUCUUCUGGCAAGCGGGAAUAUUUCUGUCGCGGCUCAUCAGGCACCUGUGCCAGCAGAAAAGUCACGUCGUGUCGUGUAUGAUAACAAGAAGAAAAAGUCUCAGAAGAAACAGGAACAAGAGCAACCCGAGCGAGAACAAGAACAAGAUGCCAAGUCAACGGCGGCAACAGCACCCGAACAUCAAGCUGAGCCUGAGCCGCCUACAGCACCGGCGUCCAAGGAGGAUGAAAAACAAUCAGCGGAGGACGAUGAUGUCAAAGAUGAUUGGGAGGCAGAGUCUGACGAUGUGAAAGAUGACUGGGAACAGGAAAGCGAAGAAGAAGAUACAAAGGAAACGCCGUCCAAAGGCGGUGCACCUGCUAAAGACACAUCUGCUCCUGCUGACCGGAAGGUCGAAAAAGAAAAGGUUGGGCAGGCUCAAACUCCAGCAACAUCCGGUACAAACAAGGAGAAAGAAGAGAACGGCGAACAAGACGACCACGACGAUAAGGAGGACGAUGACGAUGACGACCACGACGACGACGAUGACGAAGAGGAUGACGAGGAGGAUGACGAUGAUGACGAUCUCACAAAGACACAGCGGAUGGCUCUGGAGCGCCGUCAAGCGGCAGAGCAGCGCCGAAAGGAACGCACAGAAAAGGCGUUGGCCGAGCGCAGCGCAGAUCAUCUUCGCAGUCCCAUUUGUUGUAUUCUGGGUCACGUCGAUACAGGAAAGACCAAGCUUCUUGACAAGGUGCGUCAAACCAGUGUGCAAGAGGGUGAAGCUGGUGGUAUUACGCAGCAAAUCGGUGCAACGUAUUUCCCCGUGGAUGCACUGAAAGAAAAAACGUUUGUCCUAAACAAGGGCGAAUUUGAUUUCAAAGUUCCGGGACUGUUGAUCAUCGAUACGCCCGGGCACGAGUCGUUCACAAACCUUCGUUCUCGCGGCAGCUCACUUUGCAAUAUCGCAAUUCUCGUCGUCGAUAUCAUGCACGGUCUCGAGGCUCAGACACUCGAAAGUUUGCGUUUGUUGCGCGACAGGAAGACGCCGUUCAUUGUCGCACUCAACAAAAUCGACCGUCUGUACGACUGGAAGGCAACGCCCAACAACGCUGUGCAAGACUCUCUGGCCCAACAGGCGGUCCACACGCAGAACGAGUUUGACGAGCGUGUGUCAAAGAUCCUCCUUGCUUUCAAUGAACAGGGACUGAACGCUGAAUUGUAUUACAGAAACAAAAAUAUGGGUCGCUACGUGUCGCUUGUGCCGACCUCCGCUCACACUGGUGAGGGUGUUCCAGACUUGCUCCAGCUGCUAGUGAGUCUCACUCAAACACGUAUGAGCCGGAACCUCAUGUAUCUGUCGGAGCUCGAGUGUACGGUGCUGGAGGUCAAGGUCAUCGAAGGUCUCGGCACAACCAUCGACGUUGUUCUGUCGAAUGGUGUGCUACGCGAAGGCGACAAGAUUGUCGUGUGUGGUCUGAAUGGACCGAUCGUCACACAGGUCCGUGCUUUGCUGACGCCACAGCCUCUGAAGGAGCUUCGUGUUCGUGGCGCAUACGUACACCACAAGGAAGUCAAGGCAUCCUUGGGUGUGAAGAUUGCUGCGCCUGAUCUCGAAAAGGCUGUCGCCGGUUCGCGUUUGCUCGUCUGCACGCGAGACGAUGAGGAAGAGCUUCUGCGGGAAGAGGUCAUGAGCGAUCUCACGACGCUCCUAAACUCCGUCGAUAAGUCUGGCAAAGGUGUGUGUGUGCAGGCGUCGACGCUCGGAUCGCUCGAAGCCCUGCUGGAGUUCUUGCGGGUCAGCAAGAUCCCCGUGAGUGGUAUCAACAUCGGACCUGUGUAUAAGCGUGAUGUAAUGCGGUGUGCGACAAUGCUCGAGAAGGCACGAGAGCUCGCAUGUAUCUUGUGCUUUGAUGUCCCGGUCGACAAAGAGGCAGAGCGUCUGGCUGAUGAGCUAGGCGUCAAGCUGUUUACCGCCGACAUUAUUUAUCACUUGUUCGACAGUUUCAUGGCAUACAGUGCCGAGAUCAUGGAGAGCAAGAAACGCGAUGCUGCGGGCACGGCCGUAUGGCCAUGCCGCCUGCGUACGAUUGCCGCAUUUGCCAAGCGAGAUCCAAUCAUCCUGGGUUGCGACAUUGUCGAUGGCUCUCUUCGGAUCGGAACGCCUCUGUGUGUCGUCAAGGCAGAUCCAUCGACACGAAAGAAAGAAAUCGUGCCUCUAGGACGCGUUUCGUCGCUGGAAAUUAACCACAAGCCGCGUAAUGUCGUACUCAAGAAGGAUGUUGGCGCUGGUGUUGCCGUGCGCAUUGACCCUGACCCUAAUGAGGCACCCAAGAUGUUUGGUCGACAUCUGGAUGAAAAGGAUGAAAUUUACUCGUACAUCAGCCGUUCGUCUAUCGAUGCACUCAAGGAGCACUUUUGGGACGGUGUCUCUAUCGAAGAAAAGCGCUUGAUUAAGAAUCUCAAGGGUCUCUUGGACAUCCCCUGA